UUAAGAAAUUUAGUAUAACUAAGACAUAUGAAUACGAUUUUAAUAAAUAAUAAUAUUAUUGAAUAUAAAUAGAAAUAACCUAGAUACAUUCUUGGCUUAAAAAAAAUAUGGUUGCCACGGGUGUACCUAAGUGUUUGAAACAUAAAUAAUUUGUAUGUUAUAAGUACUUAUUUGCUACAACGAACUUUACUGAUCAUUUAUAAUAUAUUAUAAAAGUCUAAACGUACUUUUCGUUUAAUAUAUUAACUUAACCGUAUCAGAUCAAUAUGUCAAAUAUUGUAGCACUGGAAACUUCACCCAAAUCCACGAUCCAGUCCGUGACCGACAAUUAUUUUGAGGUUUUCGACGUGCUCCAGGCGAAUCGAGCGAAAACGUUGGAAUCUCGAGAUAUCAAGAGUUCACAGGCGCACAGGCGAUAUAAAUCGACGCCUAAUGUGGCUUUGCAGAAGAACUCCGCAGGUGCAAAUGAACCCGAGACCGGGUGGCCGUUUACAACCAAAAUUAUGCGACGGUAUAAAUCGAUGCCUAAUAUGGCUGUGCAACGAUCUAACUUCGCAGACGAUGUACCCGAUAUCGAGUUACCUUCCAUCGCAUCCAUGGUGGAGUUGCAAGUUUCAACUGAUUCACCGUCCACCGAGUUGUCAGUCACGACACCUGUCACUGCAGAAGUUGGCGAGAUCGAGGCGCCGUCAAACAUCUCGUCAUCUUUGCCACAUGUUCGGCCGGUCGAAGAUGACGUGCUGCAUUUAAGUCCGACGUACAACACGGCAGCGCUGCAGUUUGACGGUGACGAGUCUAUAAAUUGUUCGGCGAAACCAUCGGUCCACCAGGCAAAUGGUAUCCAGGAUAUGGUGGUAACCCGCGGCGGCUGCAGUGAUGCAGUCACGAACCUGACGGUAACCGCGGUAAUUCCCAAACGCCGCUCUCUGUGGAGCCGGACGAAGAGGUUCGUCCGGCGAAUGCUUUGUUGCGGCGCUAUAUCGGUAUAGACCGCAAUGUUUA